AUGGUAGUUAUUGAGACUUCGGUGACCUUUACAGAGAUUGUCGCCGCGAUUACGCACGAAGACUCCGCCCACCGCCACUCACUGCGCCCCACUCUGGCUGGUCACGACAUCAGUAAACUGGUGCGACAAGCCCUGCAAGCAUGCUGGAGCAGCAACCCCAAAAUCCGACCGAAAAUGCGGGACCUGCGACGGGACAUCUACGGGGCAUGCAAAAUCAGUCCUGCGACGAAUUUGUCGGAAAACCUUUUGCGUCGUUUCGAUGCAUACAUUCAUGAAUUGGAAGUACAGCUGCAAGAGCGAACGGAUAUGGCGGUUCACGAAAUCAACCUUUUCCAGCAACGUUUAUAUGACCUUUGGCCAAAAGAAAUUGCCGUAAAAAUUUGGAACGAUCAGUCCGUGCAUUCGCAUUCACACGAAGACGUGACCAUCCUGUACGGUGACGUGGUGGAUUUUGAGGAGGUCAUCGAGCAGCUGACACCCAAUGCCUUAUUUCAUUUUCUGCAAGAUUUUGCGCUAGUGCUUAAUCAGGCCUGCGCGGGGCUGUGCGUUAUGAAGAUCGAACUUCUUGGAGCGUCUUACAUCUACUGCUCCGGCAUAGUGACCUAUACCGGUAAGGAUCCUGUACUGGAAAUCUGUAAAGCCGCCAACAAUAUCCGCGAAUAUUUUACCUCAUCCUCCAAACUGCAGUGGCUGCCAGUUCAUAUUCGCAUUGGAAUCAGCACCGGUCCAUGCAUUUCGGGGGUGAUUGAUCCGGCUCGGCCACGUUAUCGUUUAUUAGGCUCAACCCUGAAAUUUGCACGGACAUUAUGCCAUCAGGGUGACGGUAACGGCAUCUACUUAACCACUUCAACCGCCGAGCGCUUAAUGGAGCGCCAUCCUGACGUUGGCUUCCUGGUGACACCGUUGCGCCGGGCUAUGCACAGCCCGCGUUUCCACACGGUGCUGACGCCGGCCGUCUAUGUCCUGGAGCGACGAGCCCAGACCAGUCAGCUGACGCCGGAUCGGGCACUGAUGGGCAAGGGAAAAAAGAUGCGUGCAAGCCGCGAUCGCACUAAGUCACCAGCUGUGCAUACCCGGGUCAGCAGCUCCAAAAGCUUGUACACCAAGUUAGCGAAAUUGUGAAAAACCGACACAAACCAGCCUCUAAUGGACUGCUGGUAUAUUGCUUUAUAAAAUAAAAUCGUUACAAGAAAUGCCAUUCGAAUUCAUUUAUAUUUCAAUUUUGCUGGCAAAGGUGGCUUAAAGCGUAUAAAUGUUGCAUGUAUAAGCAACAACUAAUAAGUUUCUUGCACAAUUUGACUGCUAAACGUUUUUGGAAUAACUUUCUAUUUGCCUCCAAUCGUAUGGUGCAUUAGCAAGAUGUUUGAAUACUGAGUGGGUCUGGGUUUCGGAAAGCACUUCUAUGGGCUGUUUUUUAUUUGGUUCGAGCAAAUGUUUGACCUUUUUUCUACAGCUAUGUUAUAAAUUUGC